GGAAAGGAAAACUGAAAUGAGCAAGAGCAACCGAAAACAAACAGCAAAGCGCAGAGUUAGGAGAGAGACAAAAGAAAGAACGAAAGAAAUAAAGAUGGUGGCGUUAUCAUUAUACAGAGGAAACCUCCAUAGAUUACCACCUGAUGUAGCUCGAAGAUGGUUAAUGCCAACCCCCGCCAUUUCUAUCAAAGAUUUUCGCUCUCUUCUCUUUCGUCGCUCCAAAGCAAUCUCUCUCCUCCCUUCAUCUUCUUCCGCUCCACCCUCUUCUCUCAAUCCUACAAUCACAACAAUCGUCUCAAACCCUAACCCUAAUGUCGUCGUCGAUACUAUCAUUUCUGCGCCACCUAAUCAAUCGGAUUUCAGACAGCCUGAAAAAAACCCUAAUUUAUGUCCAGAACCUUCUGAUAAUGCUGUUAAUCUUGAUGUCAAAAUGGAGGAUGCGAGCGAUUUUGCGGUGUUGAAUCAGGCGUUGGCGUUGGUUGGUGAAGAUGAUAAGAUGAUUGCAGGAGAGGAGAAGAAAGAGAAGGAGAUUACUCCUGUUGUAGAUAAUUUAGUUCCGCCUGUUUUAGAGGGAAAUAGCAAAGAUGAUACAAUUGAUGAGAGAGAGAAGCGGAAAAGAGAGGUCGAGGAAAAGUUACAGAUCUUAAAUGAAAAGAAACACAAUCUAGUACAAGCACUUAAGCAGAUUUUGAAUGCAGAAGAGGAACUAAAGAGACGAAGUAGUAUGCAAGCAAGUCGGCCUCCUCUUCCUCUUCAAGUAGAUGCUUCAAACGACUCUGGGUCUAUGACACGGCAUGCUACACCUAGAGCAGGGUCAGAGGCAAAUCUUACUGUUGAUAUGGAAGUAGGAGAAGGGGAUGAUGUUUUAAAUAAUAUCCCACAUUCUAGACAAUUACUCCGCAUGAGCAGUACAUCACCCUCGGCAGAGUCUGCUCUCCGAAGGACACCAUACUUCCAGCAUAGUGGGGCUUCACAUCCUUCUAGAGCAGCAUUGGUGGCUGCUGGCAGUCCCUCUCGUUUUGCUCCCUCGGGAAACCAAGGUCAACCUUCAAACUUGCCAACCGUGUCUGUAUCUGGUACUAACUAUUUUGCAUCUUCACCUUCCCCGGCUGCUUCUGGUGGCACAUCAGGUUUCAGAGAUGGUCGACACCCAAGCCCAUGGAACUAAAGCCUGUAUUCUCCAUCAUGUGUCUUGUUUAGACAUACUAGGGCAUAUUAAGUUUGAUGCUCCAUUUUGUAAUCAGACAAGCUUGUUCUUGUUGAUUGCUUGUAAUAGUGUGGUAUCUGCUGGGCCAUAUAAUUAAGUAGUUGUUUGGUUAAACCAUUGGAAGUAUUUCUUCCUAGGAAGAUGUUUUUCCUUGGGGUUGCAUUUUCCUAGAGAAUGCACAAAGUUGUUUGGUUGAUCAAUGGAAGUAUAACUUUCGAUAGAAAGUUCCACUUACCUAGAGAGACCUAGGUAAGCAACUUCCAUUUUGUAGGAAGUAAAAUUUUCGAGGAAGUGUGAUUUCAUAUAUAUUGCUCAGCUAAACAACUUCACCUUCUUACACUUCCUAGGGAUUCUUUAUUAACCAAACAAUCGCUAAAUUUGCAAAUAUACAUAGAUUUACUCUUGUUGACUUGUAGUAGAUCUUAAGUGCUUGUACCACAUAUGGCUCCUUCUAUGUGUUAUCGAGCCAUUGUAAUUCAUUUUUUUUAGCUCAGUUCUUUUAUUUAUUUAUUUUUUUCCUCAUUUUUUUUGGUAUGCCAAGUGAAUCAAACGAAUGUAAAUGUAGUGAUAGAAUUGUCCAAUGUUUUAACACUUUUUAUUGGAGAUUAAUUUAUUAAUAUUAUAAACAAUUAGUUUGCCACAUCAGAUUAUAGUUA